AUGGAGUGCGGCGAGGCAUGCCAGGUUGAAAUCCUGAAUGCAGCGACCAUGCUCCCUCCAAUGUUCAGCUGCGCUGCUGCGUGCUGGCUGGUGGGGCCAAAAGCGUGGUGGAGAUCACAUGCAGCAAUCGCUUUGUUGUCUGGCUGGUUCCUGAUGGUUCCGGCGAGCACUGCCAGCCACCUCUAUUGUGCUUUCAAUGGCCAGUACCUUCCCAAGCUUGAGCGGCUGGACCAAGCUUGUAUAUCCAUCGCUUCUGUUUUGGCUGCGUGGGCUUUGUCGCGGUCGAAUCUGUUCACGGCGUUUGUGGGCAGCAUCUGCAUCAGCCUUGACCUGCUGAUGUUCGCAGGCCCAGAGGAGCUGCAUCACCAUGUGGCAUGGAGAACGGAGACCCUCUCAUGCGUCGUGCUCUUGUACCUGAGCCCGAUGGUCUGGAGGCGAAACACCUUCGACUUCAGCAUCAUCCCGAUUUGUUUGUGCUUUCUGUUCGGCCUCGCGAUGGCAGUGCCGCUGCGCAGCAGUGGCAAAGGUGUGCAAGGGAGUUUUAUUUGGCGACGAGAUGCAAGUCGGUCACUUCCUGGUUUGGCUUUGACAAACAGAGCUGGGUCCUGGGCCUGGGUGUUCCAUGAUGGGCAGGUGACAGGUUCGAUGCUCUAA